AACUGCCUGCUGCUUCACAGCAUCAGGAGUCCAGACUGAAGUCAGACGCAGUGAAGAGUGAGCCAGCCACAACUAUGAAUUCAGCUGUCAUUACCUUUUUCAUCAGCCUGCUUGUCCUGUGUGCACAAGGGCAGCAAGCCAGCGGAUCGAGCAAGUGCAAGUGUAUAAACAGUUACAUCAGCAGAGGCAGUCGACAGCUCAUUGGGGCUCAGGUAGUCGUGUUCCCCCCAAGCAUCUUCUGUCCACGGACAGAGAUCAUUAUUAGUACAGCAGCAAACAAGGAAAAAUGCGUGAAUCCUCAGUCACCCCUCGGACAACACAUUCUGAAGAACAAAAGCAAGCACGGGAAGAAGGAAGCUGUGAGCACGACGGCAGCUUCUGGUCAGACUGCUACUUUGAGCUCAUCCACAUUCCACACCACACCCAAGCUGUAGGAACCUGCACUGAAGAUUUUGCAGUGGAACUAUAACAUGGUUCCAGGCUACAGGUGAAACAUGAUUUCAGUUCCCCUGCAGAAGAGAAGGACUUGUCCACCAUCACUGUAAAUACAAACGAAGACUUGAAAGAUCCAAUAAAACAUGUACACACUCACCCUCUCUCUGAUAGACACACACACAUUCUUUAGUUUUUGAGUUAUGUAUGUUUAGUUAGAUUAUUACAUAUUAUCUACAUGUGUUUUGUUUUUGCUUAAUGUCUUUAAUAAAUGUUUUAAAAUACA